UACAUUACACACACUCUCUCUCUCUCUCGCUCUUUCUCUCUCCUUCUACAUCUCUUUGUGUGGCUUGUUUGUUUCCUUCUCUAGUGAAGUCUUCAUUUCUUGACUAGAAUCUACUUUUUAAUUCUUGAAGCUUGAGGUUCUAAAACAGAGCACUCUGUUUUCAAUUUGGAAACCCACAAAGCAUUCUCUUGAUCAUCCUCUGAAAAAUCUUUAAGAAAGUCCUGACUGAAGAAAACUGCGAAAAAUGACAAACCAGAAUGUGGUAGCGCCUGAAUCAACCAUCAACUUGGCCAUCUCAGUUGCCGUGGCGAACUCGUCGAUCUUUUCGACGGCAGCGCAGAAGCCGCCUGUGACACCAGGCGGGUAUAUCUCCAUUUCAAGGAAGAAUUUCUUGAAGAACCUUGAAAUCAAUGGGGGAGCAAGAAUUAAUGCCUGGGUUGAGUCAAUGAGAGCCUCCUCUCCCACUCAUCACAAAUCGACACCCUCUCUUCUUGAGGACCAAACUUCUUGGAUGGAUCAACACCCAUCCGCUCUGGACAUGUUUGAGCAAAUAAUAGAUGCUUCAAAGGGGAAACAAAUAGUGAUGUUUCUUGACUACGAUGGAACUCUGUCUCCGAUUGUUGAAGACCCAGACAGAGCUUUUAUGUCAAAGAAGAUGCGAACAACAGUGAGAAAGCUAGCAAGGUGUUUCCCAACCGCCAUAGUUAGUGGCAGAUGCAGAGACAAGGUGUAUAAAUUUGUUAGACUGGCUGAGCUGUACUACGCUGGAAGCCAUGGCAUGGAUAUUAGAGGACCAGUGAAAGGAGGAUCCAAAUACAAGAAAGUCAGUGUCUUUGAAUGGAACUUUUUAUUAGUCCUCUUCUCCUCCAUUGAAGUCGAAUUUCUAAGUCAAACCUUGUUUUUUUUCCUUUUCUUUCAGGGUAGUGAAGCUGUUCUCUGUCAACCCGCCAGUGAAUUUCUUCCUAUGAUCGAUGAGGUUUACAAACAACUUUUAGAGAAAACAAAAUCUACCCCAGGAGCUAAAGUUGAGAACAACAAGUUCUGCUUAUCUGUUCAUUUUCGCUGUGUUGAGGAAAAGAAAUGGAAUGAACUGGCACAGCAGGUUAAAUCAGUAAUUAAGGAGUACCCAAAGCUCCGGCUUACACAAGGGAGGAAGGUGUUAGAAAUCCGACCUACCAUAAAGUGGGACAAAGGGAAGGCCCUUGAAUUUUUGUUGGAGUCACUUGGAUUUGCUAAUUGUAGUGAUGUAUUCCCUGUUUACAUUGGAGACGACAAAACAGAUGAAGAUGCAUUUAAGAUACUGAGAGAAAGAGGACAAGGUUUUGGAAUUCUAGUGUCCAAAUAUCCAAAGGACACCAAUGCCUCUUAUUCUUUGCAGGAACCCAAUGAGGUUAUGGACUUUUUGCAACGAUUGGUGGAGUGGAAACGGGUGUCCUUUGGAGGGGAAGCCAGGGUGUCAUGCAAGUAUUAACAAAUAUUAAUUAAUUAAUUAAUUAUUAUUGGACCUUUUAUACCCUUCAAAUUAAGGGAUGGAAGAGGGGUGGGAUCCAACUAUAAAUGAGGAAUUAAUUAGGACCUACUUAGCUUGUUUAUUAUUGGCUUGAAGGCCUUUGAACAUGUUUGUAACUAUUUAGCUAUAGCUUUUGUAGUUUUGUAACAUGACUAUCAAAAACAAAAUGCUUUUGUAGUUUUGUGACUUCUCUAUGAAAUGCAAUUAGUGAUUUUACUCUCUCUCU